ACAUACAGGCACACAGCCAGAGCUCCGACAGCACGGAAAACCCAAAAACCGAAGCUCAUUCUGAUGUAGACCGACUAUAACCAUCCAACCUACCAUUCGAACGGUACCUUAGCGUUCAGCAUGCUAGCCAAGUAUAAAAACAACUCGUGGCACGGAGAAGGAAAACGAGAGAAGAGAGAAAAAAAAGAGAGACAAAGGUGAGGAAACUUUCGUUAAACUUUUGGGAAUUUCGUUUUUUCGUUGAUGUUUUGGUUUCCUUUUUGGGGCCCCAUUCUUUCGAAGGGAAGGAAAACUUGUGGACAAAGAGUUUUUCCACGGCAAGCGGCAUUCCGAACCUAUUCGAGCGAGCUGAGAACUGACCAAGCAGUGUCGAAGCAGUCCGGUGGUUAGCCGGUAGAGAGUUGCACGACAAAGUAGCCCAGGAUAAAGAUGAUGUUAAGUAGGUUGUUUUGGGAGCAAGCGGUGGGGUUCCUUCAUCGUUUGAUCGUUUUUUCCUCCAUCGCCCAGGAGCAAUCGCGUGUAUUAUGUCUGCGGGUCGGGAUGUUUUUGUUAUUUCUCGUGCUUUUUUGCUUUGAUUGCCAGUUGCGGGAGUGUUGCCCAGAUUGGCAGUUGAGCUGUGGAUCAUCAUCAUCAUCAUCGUCAGUUAGAGUGAACUGCACUGGUCUACGUCGUAGCAAGCUGUGAAAACACACUCUGAGCACACAUUGGGCGCCAGCUAACCCUUCGAAAGAUCCACGUCCUCGCACACGAACGAGCGCAAAACCAAAACAUUCGAUAGAAAAACACACACCUGACCGACCUGUGGUGCUGUGCGGCCCGAUGAGGGCUGAUCUGCUUCAUCCAGUCGCCAAUUUCGUUAAACGAGUCGCGCGAACUUUUACUCCAUCAAUGUCAGUCAAAGUUGGCGUGGGUUGGCGAGCCAAAUUUCUACUUAACGGCAACCCCAGCUGGCUGGCGAAGGUUACUCUGUUGCUCCCCUUUGGGUUGACCUCGAGAAAGCUGCCACCACAGGGUGCCACCGAGACAGGGACAAGGGAUGGAGGUUUUGUUGCGCUUUUUGCGUUGGGAAUUGGAUCCCUUGUCGUGUGAGUAUAUUUGUGAGGUUAUUGAUCACGACGACGAAGCAUCGACGGUGGAAAACGUGUUUCCAACAGGGGUUUUCCCUCUAGAUUUAUGUUUCGUCUCUCUGCUUCAAUAUUUACUCCUGGAAAAGCCUCUGGAAAACACUGUAAGUUUUCCGAAGAUUAUUUAUAUGGUUUUUUUUUUGCAUCUUCUGUUACUUCUUUGAGAUGAGGUGACGUGUAACAGGUAGGGAUGAAAUCCCGAUGGUCGGUACAGACAGUUUUCCGUGCGAUCUGGAACUUAAAACGAAACGAAUUGCGUCCUGUAAGGUUGAAACGAUAGGAAGACGAUAAGUUAAACACAAACACAUACAACUGAAUCAAACAAAACACAAAGAAUCAAACAAAACACGGAAGAAAGGAAAGCGGACAGAGGAGGAGCAGCCAGUCGGUUAAAAUAUACCAGAGUCAUUCGCUAGCCACACGUCCCUAACUCAACUCGUUAAGCAUAAAUAAUCACUCCUAAUGAAACGGCGAACGGCAGCAGUGUGUCAGGAGAGGUAAAAAAAACACACCCAAACACAAACAGCGACACACGACUGUGACAUGUGCAUGCGCAUUAAUUAAGCAAAUCGGAAAAAGAAGGACAAAAAGAACGAGAAAACCCUACAUCACUCAAGUUAUACUCUAUGAGCGAUACAAUAGUCCCCACCCCCGGCCGGAGUGGUGUUCCCGGGGGAACACCGGCAGUGGAGGGGGACAGCAAGCUAAGCAGUAAUAAAGAAUUAAAUUUAAAGAAAAAAAUGGUAAAACCAAAAAUCAGAAACCAACGGCAGCGAUUCAGUGGCGACGUGGAGUGGAGCAAACAAACACACACAAAAAAUCCAAAACAAACAAAUAAGCAGCAUACAACAAAAAAAAAAGGAGAAACCCCAAACAGAAAACAAAAAUAUCCAUUACCACUGGAAGUAGGGAGAAAGGGAAGAAAGGAGAAGGGCGCUAAGUGUGCUCCUACCGGAAAAAAAUGUAAAAUGUUAUAACUUUACUUAUACCUAAUACUACGAACGAGACAGCCAAUGCUGGAUAUCGCAGACACGUAAAGCGGCGUAAAGAGGGAAAACGUGCAAGUCAGUGAAAGAAAGCAUAAAGAUUUAAAGAAAAAAGCGAGCAGGAAAAUGAGUGGCGCCAGGCAGGGAGCUCCAAUACAAAAAUACACAAACCGAAAGAGAGAGAGAGACACCGAGUACACGACAUGGACUGCAACUGCGGCUCAAGAACACGAAAAAGGGGGAAAAUCUGUGCUACUCCGACUAAGCCACUAGCACGGUAGGAUCAAUUUUUCUGCUCAAUAAGGUGAGGAAGAGGCAGAGCGGAGUGGAGCAAGCGUGGAAAGAGAGAAACAUCAGAAAACGUGCCGCGAAAAUCGCGAGCAGCGUCGCAACACAGUUGGCAAUGCAAGGUGGAUAAUUGAGCAGGUGAACGACGUCAGGCAUCAGCCGUGGAGCCGUGGUGCGUAAGCAGACAAACAGUGAACAGUGACACACAUGGUUACACAUGGCCAUUACGAGAAACCCGGAACAUCCUGCAUGCAUACACACGUACACAUACACAUGCACGUACAGCUACGAAGUGACACAGACAGACAUACACAUAAACACAUACACGAACGAGAGAGCGAACGAAAGGCAGCCAGGCAGAUUGGGACAGCAGAGCAGCUGGCAUCUGUGCUAGCAAAAGAAGAGCAUGUGCACAUUUGUGUGCGUGUACGUGUGUAUGCGCGUGUGUGUUUGGGGGAGCGAGGGAGGAAGAAUAUUGUAGUUAUAUAUUAGUUAGGUAAUUCAUGAAAAAUUAUAUUGUACAUAUUUUUAUAUUUUAAUCCUCAGUUGAAUAAA